UCGUGCUCACAUUGUUUUGGUUAUGUAAGAAAAUGUCCUAUUAUUGAGAAGUCACGGCACCGUCGAUCUAAAAUCAGACCCAAUGUGUAUCUUCAGUAUUCUGCCCCACACACGUGUUACCUUUCUUUCUUUUUUUGGAAAAGUUGCUUUUAAGAAAUGACACUGAAAAGUUCCUUAGUCUCAGAAGCCAAAGAAAGAAGAAGAUUCUUUAUUUUUUUUUAAAGACCUUCCUUCCAAGUAGAUUUUUUUUCAUAUAUAUAUAUAUAUAUAUAUUAUUUUUUCUUUUGUACAUAUUUUUUUCAGCCACUCAUUAAAGCACAUUUGAACACAUUCUUGUUUUGUUUGUUUUUUUUAAAUAAUAUUAUGUAGCAGUAAAUGUUUUUGUUUUGGGAUCUUUUUCUCUCUUCACCCCACGGGUUUCUAUACACAUCAGUUCACGACACAGUACAACUCAGCCUGUGGUGCCACGUGUUUUAUGAUACUGCAGGAAAAACAUUUGUUUUUGAAACACGUGGUCAUUUAGACCCAGGGAGGGUCUUUCCUCAGUCUGAUAUCAUAUCCCCCCCCCCGUGGUCAUGUCCCCUCCUUGGCUCUGGGUCACUGCUGCGUCACAGGAUCCGUUACUCGACACUAAUCCUGGUCAUUGCACACCCUCUCCCCCGGGACAUCUUAGGGCCUGACAGGCCUGAGGCGUCGCUAUUCGCCCGACAACUCAAUUGUUACCUAUGGAAACGCGACCGUCCCUCAACAGGUGAGCUCACGUCCUCGCGUACCUGCCCCCCGAAUCACAAUGCAGGCCGACCCCGACUCUGAGCCAUCACCUUGUUCACAUGAGACACAAAGUCCUACAGUCCCACAGAUUCAAGAAAAGAAUUUCGACAAACUUGACUCAUUUGAGUUUGGAUAUGCGCCGAAAUCCCUUUUAUUUCAUGUCAUAUAUCAGUUAUUUCACCACAUUCAGGACUGAAUGGAUUAUUGAGAUGUAUGUAUUGUCAUGGGGGUCAAGCUCAUACAGGAAGUGUAAUUAAAUCCCUCAUGGCUUCAAACCAUAAAGUGACAAACGUCUUGAUUUCCACCAGUCAACAUCCCAUGUUCAUGUACAGUAACACCACCAUAAGAACAUGAAACCACAGGGUUGGCGUGACUAUGACACUGGUAAAGAUGGAUGCAUAAAAGAGAUUUAAAGAAAUUCUAUAAUUCAAAAGAUGAUUUCAGAAGCGUUGAAAGUGUUGCCAGAUUGAAUCUCAGGUUCUUAUUGUCCUUCAGGUCUGUCUGACAGCUUCAAGUUGUCGGUCCCUGUCAUCAUUAUGGAUGAGUGAUCCCCUCCUGAGGAAGUGGUGCAGGACAAAAUCUAAAAUCCUUGUUCUUUGUCAAAAGACGUUGCAGACUUCCUGGUGUCGGAACUCGUCAAAUUGAGCGAAACUUACAAUAUUUUUCAGCGCAGAAAUCCCUCUGUAGUUCUUUUUUACAGGACAGUUUUAUCCAUAAUUAGCUGCCAACGUUUCCAGUUUUUAACAAAAUGAGGCCAAAAAAUGAUAUGUUUUGAUGUCUCUUGUGAAGGGAAGAGAGAAAUAUUGUUUUUUUAGGGCCGACAUUAAAGAAUUUGGAAUAUAUCUUGGAACAUUUAUCAAUGAUACCAAAUGUAAUUUACAUUGCUGUAAUACGGGUCAUGAUUUGACUAGUAAACUACUUUAAAAUGUUCAUUUUUAAUGUUACAGUCACCCGAAGCAUUUCAAAAUCAUGGUUUUCAGACGUGAACAGAAGGCGAAAUGUUAUAGGAAUUAAGAAUUAGAAUUUUCAUCCUUUAUUGCAUUGAAUCGCUUUCUAAAAUGUAUAAACAUCGACGUUUCAAGUCUUCUAUGAAUAAAACAAUUUGUCAUUCUUAUCCCCUGUCUUAUUCUACUUCAGCUUGUUUUUAUUUUCUAUUUCUAAUGAUUCUUUUCAUGUAAUGUAAUUGUGCGCGUUUCUUCCCAAUGCUUUACAUUUUUUACUUAAAACACCACAGCCAACGUCAUAAAUCAUAAGAUCACAAUGUGGCUACUCAAGCGACUCAAGGACACACGUGAACUUCCUGGAAAAGGAGUUUUGAGUUUGUGUGGCAGUUUAAUGCUUCUUUACAAUUUACCGAGGAACAUGAUUAUGGGCUCAAGUAACAGGAGACACACACACACACACACACACACACACCCAGGAUGCCUGGGGAACGGACCUAUGGGUGGGAUGUACAAUGUAAAGGUGAUGAUGAAGUGGAGAAGGACAUUCCCCCCGUGUCCAUCCCAUGUUAUUCACAUACAUGCGUCGCAGCUCCACAGAAACAGACACUUCUCCACCUGUGAUCAUCUUUAGCCAGGAUCAUGUCGGCCUCGCAGAGCUUUGCGACCUGGUGUCUUCUACUAUCAAACCUCUGCUUCUUGGCCACUGCACUGGACACCUGCAGGACGGCCUGGUUCGACGAAGGGGACGCGUCCGGAGACGGGGACUCGGAGCUGCUGACCGACCUGAGGAGGACGCACUGGCCACGGAUCUGCUCCAGUCCAGUGGACAUGGAGGCUGAGACCGUGUCGGGCGUCAAGUCGCAGCACACGGGCAACAUCUUCCACACUUACAGUGCGACAGGCGGCCUUUUAUGCCUCAACUCCGAACAGACAUGGAGACCGUGUGAGGAUUACAAGGUCAUGUUCACCUGCACUGGACAGUUCUGCUCAGGGUGCAGGACGCGCUGGUUCGAUCACGAUGACCCCACAGGAAACGGAGACUAUGAGGUCCUGAGUGACCUCCGCGAAAUGUACCCCAGAGAAAUGUGCCCCCGGCCGAUCGCCAUCGAGGUCCAGACCGUGUCCGGGGAACCUGCCUCCAACACGUCGGACGCCUUGUUGAGCUACGAUGCCGCCUACGGCUUCGCCUGUGUGAAUGCGGAACAGCGGGGCAGGAGUUGCGAAGACUACCGGGUCAGGUUCACAUGUCCCGAGGAGUUCUGUCAAGUGUCCGAGCAGUGUCGGACGCGGUGGGUGAACGGCGACAACUCGUCGGACGAGGGGGACGUGGAGUCCAUUCAUCAGCUGACGAGAACCUUCCCCGGUCAGGUCUGCGGAAACCCAAUCGGCAUCGAGGCCAAGACCACGGCGGGGAUAUCCGCCGAGCACACUGGAGACACCUUCCUCUCCUAUGACGUUACUUUUGGGUUCGCGUGCAUCAACGAAAAACAAAGGGGCAAACGCUGCGAGGAUUAUCAAGUCACGCUGACCUGUCCUUCAGACUUCUGUCAGGGUUGCAGGACGCGCUGGUUCGACGUGGACGACCCCACCGGGGAAGGGGACUACGAGACCCUCCUCCAGCUGCAGAUGCUCUACGCUCCCGGUCGGCUCUGCACCCAGCCCGUGGCCAUCGAGGCCGUGACACUGGCGGGCGUCCCUGCGCACAAGACGGACGACGUCCUUCAAGUAUACGACGCCACCAGUGGUUUCGCCUGUGUGAACGCCGAGCAGCCCGGAGGAAGACGCUGCCACGACUACAAGGUCCGCUUCACUUGCCCUUUGGAUUUCUGCAAAGAAUGAAAAAAUUGAUUUUAAAAUAUUGUGUGGGAGAUUUGCCAUCAGUGGAGGAUGUGUAGUCACAGAACAAGGGAGAAAAUGUAAAAUCACUAACCUAUAAUAUACCAGAUUUGUCUUUGACAAUUUGGUUCCAUUCCCAGUAACGUACAAUAGCAAAGACACAUGAAGCAGGAUUUAUUCUUAUGGACUAUUUUUUUUUUACAAUGUGAAUGAAUGCAUCUCGUCAUAAAGAAGAAAAUAUCAAAAUUGCAGAUUAUUUCCCCUUGUAGUUUUUUUUUAUUUUGCCUUCACAUGCCUGUGGACAAGAGGGCCACUUCCCUAGAGGCAUGGAUGUCUCUUGGUUCAUUAGUUAAAUGAUGCAUAUUUACAAUAAGGGCAUGGACAUUGCAUAGUGGACAGUGAGUAAAUAUCCAGAUCCCCAAACCACAGAGGAGAAUUGCUGUUGAAAAAUAACCAGGAAAUCAGCAGUUAACAAGUUAACACCUUGCAGUUGAUUACUGUAAACAGCAGACAGAGACGUCUGUUUGAAGACAAAACACAUUUUUAUGUUUUAAUAAAAAAUAAAAAAAUUCCCUUUAUUCUUCCUGUUUGUACCAAUCUGUGUAAAUGUUUGACAGAUGCCAUGGUGACAGGAGACACAUACAGUAAUAAUUUGAUUCAUCUUACAUCGACAAUGUUCUGUGAACUUAACACAGAGAGAUUUAAUGGUUUAUAUAUAUUUUUUUUACAGUUCUAUAUUAAGUGCAAAUCCACGGGUCCCGUGGAUUUACGUUCACUGAACGCAUGAAUAAACAGGGACUCUAUUUCACAAGACGGUGGAUCUUGCACCUUUAUUGACAAAGGACGAGUGGAAGCUUCACUUCACUUUAAUAACUCUGAUCAGUAACACUUCUCACUGGUGAAUUAUUGAUGAUCAAAUGCCGGCACGUUAGUCUUUUAUUUAUUUAUUACAUGGAGUAAUGUGUGACUGUAACUACAGGUGUAGACAGCAAGGUCAGACCAG